AACUGACACCUUGUGGUGUGACAGCGAGAGAGGGAGUUGGGAUACAGGGAGAGGCAGGGGAAAUCCUUAUUAUCACACCUAUUCAAAGAGCAUGCGACAGUGUUUUAAGUCACUCACCAAAAGUCAUUGAAACAGGAGGAUUCCCUGCACCUGUCCUCUUAUGGGACAAUAACGCUCAAGAGCAGCCCCUUCUCUGCUGCCGUACCACAAGUGCAAGCUGGCUCUGCACAGAUCUGCUGUGACUACAAGUCUUCCAUGUAAUCUCUGGCUACUGCUUCCUAAUUUAUAUUCUUCUUUUUGGACAUUUUUUCAAGCUCCUUUUCUGAAAGUGUAAAGUUCCAGGCACACAGGAAUCAAGCCAUGAAGCAUUUUACCUCCAUUAUAUUGUGUCUAUGGAUUGCUGUCGGAGUUACAAAGGCUGCCAAAAUACUAAUUGUGCCGCCAAUAAUGUUUGAAAGCCAUUUGUAUAUAUUUAAAACCCUUGCCUCAGCCCUGCAUGAGCAAGGACAUCAACCUGUUUUCCUUGUUUCUAAUGGAAGAGACAUUCCACAAUCCAGUCAUUAUCAAGUCCAGCGUUACCCAGGAAUUUUUAACAGCAGCACUUCGGAUAACUUCCUGCAGUCCAAAAUGAUGAAUAUCUUCUCUGGGAGGUUUACAGCACUGGAACUCUUUGACAUUCUUGACCACUACUCCAUGAAUUGUGAUGUCAUGGUGGGCAACCAGGGCCUUAUACGGAGCCUGAAGCAGGAAAAAUUUGAUUUGCUGUUGGUUGAUCCUAAUGAGAUGUGUGGAUUUGUAAUAGCCAACAUACUGGAUGUUAAGUAUGCUGUUUUUUCUACUGGUCUUUGGUAUCCAGCUGAAGUUGGUGCUCCUGCUCCUUUAGCAUAUGUUCCUGAAUUUAACACCAUGUUAACAGACCACAUGAACCUGCUGGACAGGAUUAAAAAUACAUUUGUUUACCUAAUUUCCCGAUUUGGGGUCAGCUUUUUAGUCCUGCCGAAAUAUGAUAGGAUAAUGCAGAAAUAUAACAUUUUUUCAACACGGUCCAUGUAUGAUUUAGUUCAAGGAUCUAGUAUGUGGAUGCUAUGCACAGAUAUUGCGCUGGAAUUUCCAAGACCUACACUUCCGAACGUUGUCUAUGUUGGAGGAAUUCUGACUAAGCCUGCCAGCCCCUUGCCUCAGGAGCUUCAAACAUGGGUGGACAAUGUUGAUGAGAAUGGUUUUGUUCUGGUCUCUUUUGGAGCUGGAGUCAAAUACUUGUCUGAAGACAUUGCACAUAAACUGGCUGGGGCCCUUGCAAGAUUACCUCAGAAAGUGAUUUGGAGGUUUUCUGGACACAAACCAAGAAAUUUAGGAAACAACACCAAACUCGUUGAAUGGAUACCUCAAAAUGAUUUACUUGGUCACCCCAAAAUUAAAACAUUCCUCAGCCAUGGUGGGUUAAAUGGUAUUUUUGAAGCUAUGUACCAUGGAGUGCCUGUAGUGGGCAUCCCACUGUUUGGUGACCAUUAUGAUACCAUGACUCGAGUACAAGCCAAAGGCAUGGGAAUACUUCUCGAGUGGAAAAAAAUGACAGAGGAUUCUUUGUUUGCAUCGCUAACUGAAGUCAUUCAUAAUAAAAGUUACCAACAACAGGCAGUCAAACUGUCUAAAAUUCACAAAGACCAGCCAGGCCAUCCAGUGAGCAGGGCAGCAUAUUGGAUCAAUUAUGUACUUCGGCACAACGGAGCUGACCAUCUGCGCGCUGCUACUUACAACGUCUCUUUCUAUCAGUACUUUUUACUAGAUGUCGUAUUACUUACACUUUUUGUUGUUAUUAUAGCCUGGUGCUGCAUUUCAAUGCUCACCAAAUACAUGCGGAAAAACCCGAGGAGCAAGGAACACGUCAGCCUCAAUGGGUACUACCAAAAUGGCACAGCCAAUGGCAAAUAUAGAAAAAAUGGGCACAUAAAACAUGAAAAGAAGGUGAAAUGAGUCUAUAAAAUUUGAGUUAAAGUAUAAGGUUAAAAUCAGGCAAUUUUAAUAGUUGAUAUUAAUAAUUUUACAAAUGCCGGAGAAGUCUUGUUUGCAUUCUUGGAAGCAGGUAUCAGUCAAGAAAAUACUGUGUUGCUACAUUUUAAGCAAAGAUUUUUUUGUGUGUUUCUGACCUCAUAAAUCCAAGACAAUGUACUUUAGACUCUCCUAACACCCUGAAAAACUUCCAUUAACUCUUCUAAGCACUCCAUCACUAUUACACAUGCUUAAUAAAAUUCUACCUAAACUAAGAAAACAUCCAAAACAAUUCAUUUGAUUUUCUUAGCGAAGAUACAUUUAUUCUACUGCCAUUUUUGUAACAGAAAUGUGUUAUUGCUUCCAAACAAAAAUAUAAUUUUGUUACAGACUAUAUAAAUUCUUCGGUGAAAUUAUGUUAUAGAGGUAUCUCUUGAAACGUAAUUUAAAAUAUAAGUAUCAAUAAUUUCUUUUCACUUUAUAUUUUCCCAGGCAGCCGCUAAACUGUAACUGUAGAUCCAAAAUAUUUUCUAAUAGUAUUUUUGAUAAAUGAAUGAUAUUUACAUGUUCUGGAAAUAGCAUAUGUUAAUAUUUUUUUCCGUGUAAACAAUUAAAAUAAUAUUGUAUUCAGUUAAUGAAAUACAUAAGGGGCACAUU